UUGGGGAAGUGACUGCCAAUGAGGGAGCAGGAGGGCCUCUGAGCCCACAGCCCUUUUCAGUGAACAGCUCCUAGCUCUGAGGUCUGAGAGAAAGGGGGAGUGGGUGCUGGAGUAAGGUCACCAUGGUAAUAGAGCUGUUUGGGGGAGUUCAGAUCAGGAGCCGUGUCUGUGCAGAAGUCAGAGACUGGUGUGAAGAACCAGGCAGGUGCUGAUAGGGGCAGACACCAGACAGGCCAGAGGGCCCAUGCGCUGGUCCAGAUGGCUAGCUACAGGAGAGGCAUGGAAGGUGAAGGGUUUGGCUCCUGCCAAGGCCUGGGCCCAGGCUGGAGGGUCAACCAUGGGCCCCAGACUCUCCCUCUUGGCACAUUGUGAGGGAGAGCCCCAGCAUCAUUGUGACCCGUUUACCCCCAGCAGCCUCUGGGACAAGCAGGAGGGCAGGUGGAUACUGGGGGCACAGUGGGCUGGGGGCCUAGGGGCCCCAGUGGCCCUAGGGACCCCCAUGGCUAUGGCUGAGUGGCCACCACCUGAGUGGGCCUCGUAUCACAGCCCCAACACCAACAACUGCCAGGAUCUGGGCAAUUCCUUCCUGUUGCUGCUGGGCCUUAUCGUCUGCAUUAACAUUGGCAUCAAUAUGGUGACACUGCUCUGGCACAGACUCCGUGGCUUCUUACACCAAGUGUUCCAUAUUGUUUGUGAGAAAGAAGCUUGUAAGUCAUCUUCGCUUGGGAAGCAGACCCAGCCCCGGAAGCAGAGCUUCCCGGCAGUCCACCUUCGAUGCACCCUGGACCCUGUGAAAAUGACUGUGACCCCUCCACCCACUCGCCGCCAUCGCCAUCGAGGUUCUUCAGCAUGCCGUGCCCACCGCCCAGUAGCCUGGGCCCCAGACACUGACAAUGACGAGAAGCUCCUACAUCAGCACCCAGUAAUCUGCUCCCACAACUGGGAUCGCCCCAAGGACUGGGAAGGCUUCCAAUCUCCCCAGGGGUUCUGGGCUCCCUGGGCCCAGGACACCGUGGAGCUGCCUUCCCAGACCAUCCGCUUCCAGCAGACUAUAGAGGAAAGACCCCUGAAAAGAGAGAUGCGGUCAGAGCUGGGCCUAGAGGCCUACGUGUACCCUGUGAACCCUCCACCCCCCAGCCCUCAGGCCCUGAGCCACAAGAACAGUGGGGGCAGGGCAGGGGCGGGGGCCAAGGUGGAGCAGGAGCAGUGCUCACCAGCCCCGCCAACCCCGCCACCCAUCCGGGGCCCAGCAAUCGUCCCUGAUAUCCCCCAGCGCCGCUCCUCAGGCCGCAUAGCGUAUGAUGCCCGCGAUGUGAGGCGGCGGCUUCGGGAGCUGACCCGGGAGGUAGAGGCCCUGUCCCACUGUUAUCCCUUGGCCUCCAGAUCCAGCACUGCUGAGGGGAUGGGCAAGGACUGGGUAUACCGUUCCCUGACAGAGAGGUGACUGGGAAAAGAAUAAAAAGGAGAGAGGAGGUGGUUUGUGGUGGUGUGGGGGGUGCCAGAGCCCACACCGCACCCAGAAGCCCUAGUUGCUAAGGGAAUGAUCUCCCUGGCAACAGGGCUAGCAAGCCCUGAGGACCCUCGUCAAACUCUUGGCCUCCUCAGCCCUUGUCCUCAGCCCUUUCCCAGGCCCUUCUUGCUGGUAAGACUCCCACCUGACUCUACCCUGUUUUAUUUAGUGCCGAGAGAAGCCCCCCGAAUCCCAACCCAGAUCCCCAGGCACUCUUGCACUAGAAGAGAAACCCUCAUCCCCAUGGCCCUAGCCCCUCAGAGAUGUGGUUCCUGCCAGAGCCCAGGUUUAGGCUGCAGCUAUGGGUGAGGUGUGGUUCCCUCUUAAGCCCUGGUUUCUUCGGGGAGGGAUCCUGAGAGUGACAGUAUCCAGGCCCUCACAGUUCCCCAGUCAGAAUCUGAAGCCCCUGUACCCUGGAGCAGGCUUGGAGCAGAGGAAGAGAUAUUGGGGACACUCUCAAGGGCUGCCUCAUCAUAACAUCACAGCCCUCUGUGACCUCACUCUUCUGAUUAGCACCUCCAUGUCACAAAUGCGACUGAGGCUCAGAAAGACCAAGUGACUUAUUCAUGGUCACAAGGGCACCAAGGAUCAACUUCACGGCCUCAGGUGCUCCAUCCCCCUCCUCUCACAGGUAGAUCCCCAUUGCCACUGAGUCAGCCUGGCCCAUCACAGUCUCCCACCUUCAGUCCACCAUGGAACUCAUCAGAAUAUCCCAUCCACUGGACAGCAGGGAAACCCUACUCCUAGACAGUUGGGAUCACACAUGCAUGCACACAUGUACAAGUGUGUGCACAUACACAACCCGGGAACAAGGAGCCAUGUGAGUGUGCCCAGGCUGAAGGAGCUGGACCUCACCUUCCAUACCAGAUGGGUUCCUGGAAUGUACUCAGGAUAGGUACAGGCCUUUUGUGAAUCGCCCUGCUUCUCUGAUGAUUUUCAUUCAACUAUCAUAAUUGAACAUUUUAAGUUGAUUCCAUUCAGUGAGUAUGCAUCGAGCACCUCCUAUGUGUUUGGAGGCUUGAUGGGAAAUGCCCACUGGCUGUUUCUCUAUUUUUUUUUUCUUUAUUGAAGUAACAUUGGUUUAUGACAUUAUAUAGAUUUUAGGUGUGAUCACCUGAAUUAUAAUUCGACUUCUGUAUAAAGUACAUCAUGUUCACCACCAAAAGCUGUUCCUCUGUUCUGCUGAAUUGUUCACUGUGCAAACAAAUGACUUGAGGUCCCCAGGGCACCA